AUGGCAUCUAGUUUACGUACAAAAGCAGUUGAACGUUCAAUAAAAAUUAAUUCAGCAGCUUAUUAUUCAUAUGUUGAUGAUAGUAAAAAUCCAGUUUUACAAAGUUUUGAAGCACAAAUAUCUGAUUUUAAAAAUUAUAUUGCAAAACAACAAAAAUCAAAUCAAUCAAUUGAUGGUCGAUUAUCGGAAACAUUAUUUCAAUUAUGGAGUGCUUAUCAACCAAGAUUAUCUGUGCGAAUGUAUUGUGAAAAAUUAAUGCAUCUUGGUGAAUAUCUUGUUGCAUAUGAAAAAUAUAAUAUUGCAUUAUUUCAAUGCUAUCAAAGAUAUUUAAAUGAAUUUGGUUCAUUUCGUAUGCAAGAUUUUCAAACAGUAGAUGAAAUUGAAGAUAAAUUUUUUCCACUUGGUUUAUCUGAUGUUACAGCUGAUAUAUCUUUUCGAGCUUUAAUGGGUUGUGCUCUAUGUUUAUUUUAUUUGGCUAUUGAACAAGAUCCAAAAGUACAACUAGAUGAAACACUUGAUCGAUGUUUAAUAACACUUUCAUUUAUUCGAUUAUUAAUGAAUUUAGCAUUGAAAGAUGAUCAAUGGUCAUGGCUUGUUUAUAAUGGAACAAUUUAUUUAUAUAAAAUGAGUCGUUAUUUGAUGACAUUGGGUUAUUCUUUAAAGGUUGUUGAAUAUCUUGUAUGGGCUGCUGUCAGUACAGAAAUGUGUUUACCAUUAUUAUCUAUUUCAUAUUUACCAUGGCGAUCGACGCUUUAUUGUGCAGCAUGUGAAGCAUUUUAUGAUAGUCGAAUGUCACCAGAUGGCGAAAAAGCAAUUGCUGGAGAAAAUUUUGCUCGACGUGGGUUAGAACAAUUUAAAAAUUUACAUGAACUACAAGCUAUUAGUGUUGAAGGUGAUAAAUGUCAACAAGAAAAUUCUUUUCGUCAAGCAACAAUUAAAAUAGCUACAAUGAUAUUUAAACGAAUGGUAUUUGAAAAUCGUCGAAAAGCAAAAAGUGUACUUCGACCAAAAUUUCGUCAAAAUUAUAGAGAACUUAGUGGUCCAUGGCCAAGAACAUUAACAGAAAAAUUACUGAGUGAUAUGUUUGAUUGUCGUUGUGCACAAUUUUUAGCUAUACUUCAAGCAUUAUCCGAUAGUAAUCGACGUUUAGUAUUAACUAGUCCAGCAGCAAGUGAACAAGAAAUUGAAAUACUUGAUGUUACAACUGAAUUAUUUUAUGCAGCUCAAUAUAUUUUACAAGUUAAACAUGCAAAUGUCGCUCAAAUAGCUGGAGCAAAUGAAAAUAGUACCUAUCCAAAUAUAAUAUUAAAGCAAGAUGUCAGUUUAAUUGAUUUGGCUGUUAAUGGCCAAUAUGUUAUACCAUUAUCAUAUGUUCUUCAAUUACUUAAAUUAGCAUUUAAUUAUCAAGUUUAUGACAUAUUUGAAUCAUUAAUGGAACCUAUUAGUGAACUUGUUGAUCGUACUGAUGGUAAUCAAAUGUCAUUACUUGCUUUAUUACAAAUUCUUUAUGAAAUUGAACAAUGUGAAAAAGAACGCAAACCAACACAAUAUUCUAAAAAUGUUUCAACAGGUAAAGGUGGAAAAGAUAAUGAUAAGAAAAAACAAAAACAACGAACUAAAAGUCCAGGAAAAGGAAAAGAUGCAGGAGCGCGUAAGAAAAGUCCUGAUAAUGCAAAAGGAAAAUUAAAAAAAACAAAAGCUGUUAAAGAUUUAAUUGAUGCUGCUAAAGCAACACGUAUUGUACCUAUUAAAGAAGUUAAAGUUCAAAUUGAUCAACCAAUUAAUGAUGAUGAUGAAGAACGUUCUGUAGAAGAACUACUUGAAGAUUUAUGUUUCUUGUUACUAACAGACUCGCGCAUUCAAGAAAAAAUUGAGCAAGAUGUUUUGAUUGAUGUUAGUUUAUUAUUGUGGAACAAAUGUCGACCUGUUCUAAGAAAACUUUAUAAUGAACCAAAUGAUAAUCAACGUUGGUUAACACGACUUGAUCAUGAUCAUAUUAAAUGGAUUCAUUUAUGUUUUCAAACACAUGAAAUCAUGUCUCGUUUUAACUUUGCUAAUGUUGAUUCAUGUGCUUAUGCUGAAUGUUCACUUCGUCUUGGUCAAAUAUUAUUUACUCUCAUUCAACCUAGUUCAUCAGUUGAAGGUAAUAAAAUCAAUCAGUCUCUUUUCUUUUUUUUUUUUCUUCUUCUUAAUAAUGUACGCUUCAUUAUUAUUUCAGCAACAAUUCGUACUAGUUCUUACAAACAACGUUUAGAUCAAUUACGUGAAUAUUUAACAAAUAAUUCUGCUAAACCAUUAUUACAAAGUUAUAUGGAAGAAUUUAAACGACAACAAGCUGCACUCGAUGUUGUGGCAGCAAAAGAAACAAAACAUGUAAAACAACAAUCUCAUAGUGCUAAUACUCAUUCAUUACUUGCUAAUGAUACAUUAGGAUUAUCUCGUUAUUUUCCAUUAGUUUUCUUUGCUGAACAAUUUUUAGCACGAUCAUUAAAAAUAUUAGCUCAAGCACGAUCAAAUCUUAUUCGUUUUGAUGGUUCAUCUAUGUUCGAUCGAAAUUGGUCAGCCAAAACUAAUGAUAAUGAUGAAGAAUUGGACACAUAUAGUCAAACACGUUUUAUUGCUACACAACCAUUUCUAGCUGAAAAAGGUCGUACAAGCAAAUUAAUUGAUAAUCUUGUUAAAGAUCUUGACGCUGAAUUACAUUUUGUUUAUUGUCGUGUUGUUGCUUUACUUGAACAAAUAUCUGAUGCAAGAGCAUUAAAAAAAGGUCCUAUUGACCAAUAUUUAAAUGAUGCUCGUGGUAAUUCACAUAAAAAAGCAUUAUUAUGUGCAACAUAUGCAAGUACGAGACGUGAUGAAAAUGUUGCUGCAGAAUAUAUGCAGAAAGCUUAUAAACAUUUAUUAUCAGCUGAAGAAGAAGAUCGUCUUUAUUUUUCGUAUCAUCAAAAUAAAAAAUCUGAAAUAACAUCAUCUACAAGUGUUCCUCGUCCAUGUAUUAUUGCUCGAGGACCUGAUUUUGUUUUUGUUAUGGCACCAGAUUUUGGUUCAUUCUCAAGCAAAGUUGCUACAUAUCGUAUUUUUUGUCGAGCAGCUGAUCGUCCCAAUGCAAAAGCUCGUAUCGCUGAUACAAAUUAUCCUGGCAGUGGUCAACAGAUUCCAGCAAGUUUUAUUAAACCACUUAAAAUUUCUGGACUUGAUCCUGAUCUUAAAUAUGUUUUUUCAUUAGCAAUAUAUGAUAUUAAUGGACAACUAAUUGGUGAAAGUGUUAGUGAAUCAACAGAACCUAUAUUAGCUGCACAUCCAAUAUCAUUAUUAUUUAUUCGAUGUCUUCUUUCACAAGUUUCCUACGAAAUAAAACAAUAUACAGUUGCGAAAAAAGCCUUUCAUUCACUUUGGACAUAUUUUGUACGAACACCAAUGGUUAUUGAAAGUUCAAUACGAGAAUUAUCGGUGGAAAAUCCAUUGGUUAUUUACGAGUAA